AUGUCGAAUAAAAGUUUAGUUGUUAUCACUGGUGCGAGUUCUGGAAUCGGUGAAGCCGCUGCAAAAGUUUUUUCUCAAGCGGGUCAUCCUUUAUUGUUAUUGGCUCGACGUCUAGAUCGUUUAGAGGCAUUAAACUUACCGAAUACCAUUUGUGAAAAAGUUGAUGUUACAAACCGAGACGAGAUCAAAGCAGCUGUAGAAAAAGCAGAAAAUAAAUUUGGUCCAGUCGAUUGUCUGAUCAACAAUGCUGGGGUUAUGCUAUUAGGUUUAGCUGAUACACAAGAUCCGACAGAAUGGGAACGGAUGGUACAAGUAAAUAUUAUGGGUGUUCUCAAUGGUAUACAUGUAGUUUUAGCAGGAAUGAAACAACGUCGUCGUGGAACCAUCAUGAAUGUUAGUUCUGUAGCAGGACGUAAAACGUAUCCAAAUCAUUCUGUUUAUUGUGGCACAAAAUCUAGUGUUCAUGCUUUGACAGAACAAAUUCGUGAAGAAGCUGCAUCGUUUGAUGUUCGUUUUAUUAUAAUUGCACCAGGUGUUGUUGAAACUGAACUCUUAUCGCAUACUACAGCAAAAGAUAUCGUUGAAGGUUAUAAGGAAUGGAAAGAAACCAUGGGUCAACCGUUGGAAAGUGAAGAUGUAGCAAAUUCGAUUUUAUUUGCAUAUCAACAACCACAGCGUGUUUGUAUUCGAGAAAUUGUUCUUUGUCCAACACGACAAAACAAAUAA